UCCUUGCGCGGCGCGCGUGCUCCCGUCUCGAGGCUGGCUGCGCGCGCACGCAGUGGAGAGAGUAGUAGAGGGGUCUCUCAUCCUGCCGGGUGGGACCGCUCACCGUCUGCCGAAGGGGUUAUGGAUGCGAGGCGGUUGUCUGAAGCGAUGGAGGCCGGUGGAGGAGACGAGCAGGGAGAGGCUCACAGAGUCAAGACUGAGUGCCUGAGACUGACUGAAGAGAGAGAUGAAGCCGAAAGACAGCUUAAGCACAUUAAGAGAGUUUCCCAAAUGGUAAUUGAGGAGGUGAAUGUGCUGCAGACUCAGCUGGAGAUCGAGAAGUCUUGUCGGGAAAAUGCCGAAGCGCUGGCCACCAAGCUGAACUGUGAGAACAAGAAGUUAAAAUAUUUGAGCCUGUCGUCUCGACCGUGUCUGGACGAGCUCCUGCCCAGCAUAUCAGACUGCAUCUCUCUGGAGGAGGAGAGCGAUGCACAGGAGCACAGUCCGGACCCCUACACCCAGUACCAGCAGCAGGUCAAAGAUCUUCAGGAAACAGUCAACACUUUGCUUGAGGAAAAAAAGCAGUUAGCCUGUCAGUUACAGGAGCAGCAAAGACAAAUCGAGGCGCUGACAGCGCUUACUGAAAAAGAGCAAGCAGAGAUGAAGGAGCUUUAUAAGACCAUCGAGCAGCAAAACAAGACCAUCAAGAGAUUCAACAGAGUGUCCAUGAUGGCUGCUAACGAAUAUGAGGGCCUGAAGGAACAGUUGGAUCUGGAACAGAACCUGAGGCAGAAGGCAGAGACCUAUGCACAUGAGAUGCUGGUGAAGCAAAAAGAAGCUAACAGGCAGAGUAUGAUUCUCCUGCAGCAGGCAGACCCCAGUGUUCAGCUGCUCAAAGCACUAGAAGAUGUAGCAAACGUAACCAAAACAUUGGAGCAAGAGCGACUGCAACACCAAGAAAAGGUUAAGGCUUUGGAGGUUGAGCUGGAUCAGAGUGCCUUGCGGAAGCAGCUAGAACAGCUGCAGAAACAACUAGAGUUACUGGACGAGGAGAAGAAAGACACAGAAGAACGUCUCCAGCAGGAGGUGAAAAAGUGUGGUGACUUGGAGAGAAGAGUGAAAGAGCUGCAGGAGUCUCAGAGGAAAAGCGAAUCGGCACCAGCUCCAUCUCCUGGGACUGCACCUCCCCCUGCUCCUCCUCCUCAACCCCCGCCACCCCCUCCUCCACCUCCCCCACCUCCUCCCCCACCACCUCCCUCCCGCUGUAACCCCCUCAGCUCCCUCAUUGCAAUCAUGAGAAAAUCUUCCAAGGCUGGAAAAGGCUCUCCAAAAUUAGAGCAGGCUCCAGUGCCUGAAGCUGUGGAUGAUGUCAAAGUAAAGGCUGUGAAUGAAAUGAUGGAACGGAUCAAACACGGGGUGGUUCUCAGACCUGUGAAAGGACAGGACACAAAGAGAUUUGUUCCAAAGCCAAGUCCAGCUAGUGAAGAGAAACAACAGGAGAGUGCUAUGGAGGAGCUAAAAGGCAUCCUGGAUGCAGUAAAAAAGAGUCCCAGUCGUGGCUUCCAGGAGACAUUGCCUGUUAAGAAGGACAGUGAACUGGAAGUGAUUCUCAGGAGGAGACGCAAACAGGCCUGUGAACCACCUUCGGCUGAUGAUGCGGAAGGUCAGAUCAGCAAAGUGUCUUCAUUUGAUAGUCUGAAUGGCCGGCACAGUUCAGACUCAGGAAAAGACACAGACAGGCCAAGCAGCAGCUCUCUCUCAGGGAGUGAUUCCAGCCCCAGGAGCAGCUCCGAUUUGGGCACUGAACCAAAUGGAAGCAAGCAAAAUGCUGCUGUGCGUACAUCUCUCUCAGAGAAAGAACCCUCUGAACCAGUCAUCAAUGGCUCUUCUGCACGAGAGCUUAAGGAUGAAGAGCAGGAGAAAAAUAAACAGCACAGUGGCCUUAGCCACCCAGCACAGCAUGAGGACCCACAGGUGACCAUCGGCUCCUCAGCAGACAGUACCAACGCAGCAAACAGCAGCAUGGAUGCUGAGUGUUAACAGCAAUGAAUGGCACUAGCAGGACAGCUGCAACAUUUGCACAGAAUCUUGUUUUGUUUUUCAACUUGUUUAUUCCAAAGUCCAGAUAUAUACUUCAGUUCUAGUUACUUUCUGGAAUGCAACAGUAUUUACUUUCUCAUUAGAAAUGAUUAUAUUUUGAGACCUAAAUCAACAGGCUCAUUUCCUGUUUUGAUAUUUAAAUUUGAUUGAUUAUAUUUGCAAACUAGCAAUGCCCCCAAUGAGUACAAUGAACAAAUAUUUCAAAAGCAACAUAUAAAAUGCAUUCCUGACAAAUUUCUUUUUAUAUGGAACAUUUUAAUGCUUUAUUAUGGGUUGCAAUUAUUUAACCUGUUACUAUUUUGGUCAGCCAACAAAAACCUCUUCGUUCACUAAAUACAGUUUGAUUAGUGCUGAACAAUAUAAAAUAAUCCUAAAAUGAUAUUAUGAUCAGUCAUAUUUUGUUCUGAUAAACACUACACAGUGAAAAGAAAACCAUCAGACCAUCUGUGACAAUAACUGCUUUCUCAGGCUUUCACAGGCUUCAUCAUUAACAACAACAUCGCUAUAUAUGAAACGUGAACAGGAAAGAUCAUUGUUUACAAUGCACAACCUAAAUUCUGAACCAGUCCGAGAACAAUACUGCACAUCAAGGCACUUUUGUUGUCCUUUCCGAGGUUUUUUAGUUCUCUCUGCGAACUAUCCUCUCGAGAUGCAAACGUAAGCCAUGUAAGAGCUCACGCUGAUGUGGAUAAGCAUGAAGGAGAAAAGUGAAGGUCUAUUCACUCUACCUCCUAUAGACAAACUCACCUCCUAGCUAUCUUUAAUCGUACAGCUUCUCUACAUCACAAAACACGAACACCCUCAAGGAGCGAAAUGGUUUCCUCUUACGUCUUCCACCUGUGUCACCCGACUUUUUGCACUGUAACGGACGUACUGUUCAAGGGCACUGUAUUUGCUUAGUUAUGCUUUAAUACAAUUUAAAGGUAGAGCUAGGUGUGUUGAGGUUUGUAGCCUCCACGGACAAUGCAAUAACAUCUGCAAAUUGUAAUGGUGUGCACUGGACCUAAUGCACGUUGAGUCACUUUUUUCCAUCAGAGGCACUGUGGUUCGGUCUGUGACCAAUCCUCACAAGAUACUAAUCCUUGAAAAUUCUUUCUGUAUCAGCUGUAAAAUAAUUUGCCUGCUGGACUUUUCUUUUUGUUCCUACACCCAUUGAGAACUAACCCUAAUAUAUAAAUAUAUAUAUAUCGCCCAUUAAAACAUCGCUCUCUAACAAUUUUAGGUUACAUUCUUCUGGAUAAAUGAACUGACCUAUUAAUUAGUCAGCACCUUUGGAAUGUUUAUUGGCCUUAUUGUGAACACCAUUUGUUCCUCUUCAGCCUUAUUAGUUUAACUUUGUAGGGUACAAUGGAUUUAGAUUAUCUGACUGUUGUGAUCAUAUAAUGUGUGUGUGUGUGUGUGUGUGUAUUUUUAAAAUGAGUGCACCUUUUCAUCUGAAACUAUGUCAUUCUGCACCGUACCAUUUAAACAGGACUGAAUAAAAAAAAAUGAAGCUACACUGGAAAAGGCUUUUUUGAUAUGUAAUGACUUGCAACAUGAGAAAUGUGCCAGCACAUUUUUUUUUUUACUUAUAAACUCAAUAAAGCUUCAUAAAAUGAUGGUAGUUUGAUAUAAGACCGUUUGUGAAAUGAAACGUUUCCAUUCUGCCUUUAAACAUGAUUUAAUGUGUGACUGAUUAAAGGCUCUCCACCUUCCAGUAUACCUUCCUGGGAUGAGGCAAAUUUAAAACUAUUACAUGGAUGUUUAAUCUAUAUAGAAGUCGUUUAAUCCUACAGUUCAACCCUACACCAGUGUGUUUCCCUGCUAAAGAGAAAAACACCUUCAUCAAGUUAUUCACUGAACCUCUAAGGAAACUCUAAGAGUGUUUAAGUGAACAGCAAUGACUGAAAGGUUUCAUCCUACUACUAU